AGCAAAAUGGACAGAAAGUGGAUCAUAGAAAUUGAGAAAUAAGACCACUAUUAAUUAAAUAUUAAUGCAAUCCUUCCCAAAUCGACCAGCGUUUAAGACCAAACAACUACAAAAAGAUGAUAUAGUGCGAAUCCACCGCAAGUCAUUCAAGCAAGCCAGCUAUGCCUCCGUAGUAAUUCCUGGAUUCAAUAUGGCUUCCCUUAAGGAAUGGUGACAUGACCUCAACACGCAAAUGCUUCAAAGCUCUGCUUGGAUGGAAACGCUGAAGAAAAUAUACGUUGCAAAGUUGAAAAAUGAUAGUGAAGGUGAAGAUUCAGAGAAUAUCAACGUAAUACUGUUAGUCCAAGGUCAGGAAAGCUGAAAUGCUGGUCAAGAGUUGACAAGUAGUACGAGUCUGGGAGCAUGCCGAUCCAGGCCCCCCAGUGGACGGAGUUCCUGUCGUGCCCCAUCUGCUGCCAUGAGUUCGAUGGUGGCCAGCGCGGGCCCAUCAGCCUUGGGUGUGGACACACAGUGUGCCGUGCUUGCCUUGCCAAGCUCCAGCGCAAUCAGUGUCCAUAUGACCAGACUGUAAUGAGACUGGAGCUGGACCAGCUUCCGGUCAAUGUUGCACUGCUGUCACUGGUGGGGGCUGGGACGAACGUGGAGGAGGGAGACCUGCCCCCCCCUCCACCAGUGCCCCCGACUCACACCCGGAAAUACUUCAUAGCCGUGAAGUGCAUCAAAGAUCUUGCACUAUUUCUCAAACCCUUCUCUGGCACUGGAACAAAUGGCUCGACAUCACUCCUCUCCCGCCCUAUGCAACGGAAGCUGGUCACCCUCAUCAACUGUCAACUAGUGGAAGAUGAGGGCAGAGCCAGGGCGGUCCGGGCAGCACGAUCGCUCGGGGAACGCACCGUCACAGAACUCAUUUUACAACACCAGAACCACCAGCAGCUCUCUGCCAACCUCUGGGCUGCAGUCAGAGCAAGAGGGUGCCAGUUUCUGGGGCCUGCAAUGCAAGAAGAGGUGCUGAAAUUGGUAUUGUUGGCCUUGGAAGAUGGAUCUGCUCUGUCUAGGAAAGUUUUGGUCAUGUUCGUCGUCCAGCGCCUUGAACCACACUUCCCACAGGCUUCCAAAACAAGUAUAGGACACGUAGUACAGUUGCUUUACCGUGCCUCGUGUUUCAAGGUAUCAAAACGAGAGGGUGACUCCUCCCUCAUGCAGUUGAAAGAGGAGUUCCGGACAUAUGAGGCACUCAGAAGAGAACACGAUGCCCAGAUUGUCCAGAUUGCCACAGAAGCUGGAUUAAGAAUAGCACCUGAUCAGUGGUCAUCCCUCUUGUAUGGGGACACCGCUCACAAAUCUCAUAUGCAAUCAAUCAUUGACAAACUGCAAACCCCUCAGUCAUUUGGUCAGUCAGUGCAGGAAUUAGUGAUAGCGCUUCAGAGAACAGGUGACCCUGGACAGCUGUCCUCCCUGCGGCCCCAGCUGGAAUUACUGGCAGCGCUAGACCCCUCCCCUGAUGCACCACCCCCAGGAUGGGAGCCCUGUGCUGCUGCAAUGGAGGCUGUCCGAGCUGUUGUCACAGGACUUGUCCACUUCAUACAGCACCACGGCAAUAGGAAGUUACCAGAUGCACAUCAUCCACACAAUGCUAAAUACAAGACAAGCAUGUGCCGGGAUCUGACACAAAGAGGGGGGUGUCCAAGAGGUAACAACUGCACUUUCGCUCAUUCAGAAGAUGAGCUUGAGAAGUACAGAAACAGGAGUCGGAAACAUGGCAAAGGCAUUCCUCAGCCACCCCCAACGCCUGCGACUAAGUUGCAGCCUCCUCCUACACAGACAUACCAACAGCUGUCACACCCCACACAACCACAACAACCUCAGCAGCAAAAUGUUGAUGCUGUCAUUGCCCCUAACAAUGGAGAAUGUGUUGCUGUUCCUGUCAUACAGAAGGCUCUUCCUGUUGAAGAAAUACCCCAAGCAGGUGCAGUACCACCAGCCCCAACCUCAUUUGACCCAAAUAAAUAUGUUUCUAUCCAGCCUCACACUCAGGCAAUGUCAGUCCUGCCAGCUCCCACGCCAGCUCCAGCCAUUGUGCAACCUGCUUUGGCAGCAACACCACUCUAUGCAACUCCAGUUGCAGAAUAUACCUAUAGUUCUUUCCCUUGCCAGCCACCGGUAUUUGCACAACCUACGCCUGGGCCACAACCUCUUCAGUCAGCAGCAGCAGCAGCAGCGGCAGCAGCGGCAGCUGCUGCUGCAGCUGCUGUCUUCCCUGGUCAGCCUACAGCUAUUUUGCCAGAUAUGUAUGGCUCCAAUCCACCUGUGUUAGUCAAUACAACACCUGUAUAUAAUAUUCAUGGUCCAGGAAGUGAAUUUUGCAUUCCAGUUGCUAAUACCAGCUCCAAAGGAACAAAUUCCUCUCCCCUUUCAACCUGGUCUGAAAGUACAACUACUACAAGCAGUGCUUCAUCUAUGUCUGUUGUUUCAAAGAUAGCCAACAAAUCUAUGGAAGAACUGAAGGAAAGGAAGGAAGCUAUACUGAAUCAACUUGAGAACAUUGUUGGGAAAGAAGCGACCAAUCGUGUUGCCACAGAAAUUGCAAAUGGUGAGGAGCCAAUCAAGUCCCAGGAGUUCACAUCCACAUACAGCAUAUGGACCUCUGGUGCUAACUUUUACAAUGUGCCCAAAAUGGUAGAGAAGAACUACGACCCGUCGACUGGCUACCGCACUGACAUAUCAAAGAAAGAUGAGGUCAACCCCAAGAGGAAAGAUGACUUUAUCCCAUUCGACCCCCCGAUAGUCAGUCGCUUUGGGCCCAUCUCAAGAAUGUCAAGAUCAGUGAUCCGGCCUUCCAACCCCAUUCAGGUAUCUGCAAGUAAUACCACUGAACCUGCCACCACACCCACUGUAAGAAGACCAGUCCCUGCAAUUUCACCCAUGCCACAGGUUCUCUAUCAGCCCGGAGGCUAUACUCUAGGGUUCAUGGCAUACACUCCCACGGCCCUCGACCACAUGAACACGGUGGGCCAUGGGAUCCUUGAUCCCCCACACUUGCACAUGUCCCAGCUGGAGCCUUCAGGGAUGAGACCAAGCGACCCUGUGCCCAACACCUACGAUGGAUUAAAUCCUGCGGAUCAGGAGGAUUGUUUCAGGCAGCAGCUCAACUCUGUCACUGAAGGGAUUGAAACCAUUAUGGUGAAUGCGCAUUCGGUGGCUGAGUGUGAAGAAAUGAGACUCAAGAAAGAGUUGAGUCUGGUCAUGAAUGGAAUUGAAGUGAAGCGCAAAGAGAUGGAGGAGAGAGUACCUGCACAGAAUAAACGUGGUGGAGGUUUGUUGGCCGCUUGCUGGAGCGCCAACAGGCUUGGAGGCCAUGGUGAUCGCUUGACACCACCACUGUCGGAGGCCCUCAUACCUAUGGUUCUGACAUUGUGGCUCAUCCGAUCACCACCAUUUCCAUCUCAACAGCCCAUCCAUGACUGCUUCUUGAAUAUCACACUUGAGAAAUCAAGCAGGUCUCUGUCAGAGGAAGAGGAAGACAAAGAUCUUGGAGAUUUUGAGAAGAAUUGGAAGUUUGAUUUUGAUGAAGGUGAAAAGGAAUAAUUCAGGAUAGAAUGACCACGAGGGAAUUUUGCAAUUUUAUACAAAGAGAUAACAGAAAGAAAAAUGGAAUGGAACAUUUAAAUUCACCUAUUUAUAAUAUAAAAGAUAGACCAGUUGUCUGUGCUUGUGAAACAAUGAGUGGCAUUCAGGAGAGAGAAAUGAACCCGAGCAUAUAUUCCCUCUUCGUAUAUUGUGUGUAAGAGAAGCGUCAGAAUGGACACUUUUAUUAUAUUUCUCAUAUUUGAGGAGUUCAUUUGAUUUCUGACACUUUAUGCAAAUAUUUGAUUGAUGUAAUCAAGUUGCUCUUCAGAGUGACUGCAAUUGUGAAUACAUCUUUACAGUUUAUUGUUUUCAUCAUCAUAAUCAUCAUUAUCAUGAAUGUUUAGAACAAAACAUUUUUCAGCUACAUUUGUAUAGUAAUUAUUAUUUCUCACAUGUCUAUAGUAGAAUGUGUUGAAGAUGGGUAAAUUGGAGCGUGAUAAUCUUUGUUGAAUCAGUCAUUGCUGUGUGAUCAUCAAUCAAUGAUGUCAUGCAGUUUGUCAUCAGAAUGUCUUGUGAAUGAAUGUUCAUCAACUUUCUCCUUACUGAUUUUAAAAAGGCAAAGGUAAAAUUCUAGGAGAUUUAACCCUAGUAUGAAUUUUAAGAAUAAAAAAUACAAAAUGUUGAUUCAUAUGUUCUCCAAAAACUGCAGUGAUUCUGUGGAAGAUUUUUUGAAAGAUACAAAAAAACUCUUGCCUUUUAGACCAAACUGACCAUAGCUCAUACCAGCAUUGCAGAGCUUCAUUAGUUUCAGAAUAUCAUUUUGUCACCAGUAAAAUUUAAGAGGCUGAAAGUUCAUUUCAUUUCAUUUUUCAUUCUUUCUUUCAUUCUAGUUUUACAUUAAUAAUGGUCAUGCAUUGUAAGAAAGCAAACAAGAGUAUCCUCCACAGUUUCACCAGUUAAGUUGGCUUUGACAUCUGUGCCCUUCAGGUAUAUUCAUUUUUUUACAAAAAAUCACUGCCUGUUGAAACCCAUUGUCUGAUAUAUGUUAAUGUUUGCCAUGAUGAAUACCUUGUGUGUGUUUCAUAUUGGAAUAGUAUGUAUUAUAUUGUACAGUAGACGAAAUCGGUAAGAGACUUCAGUGCUGUUUCAUAUGAUUCAGAAUAGUAUUAAUAUGUGUUUAACACUGAAGAAGAAUGAAUUAUGAGACACAAAUGCUGGAAGACCUCUUUUGCUUGGAAAGAGAAGAAAACUCACUUCAAGAUGGUUGUAGAGUUUUUAGUUUCUCUAUUUUUCACUUUGCUAAGAGGGCCCUUUUAUACAAUAACCAUCUCUUUAUUUUGCCUUGGUGCCAAAUAUGUAUAUGGACUUAUUUCCUUUUUUGAUUUUUUUUUUUCUGACUCAUACUUUUUUAUCUUUUUGUGAAUGAUUUCAGUUGUCAGGGGAGGAGGCUGGCAGUAUGAGAAAUAGAAAUAAGAGAUUUGUGGGUCUAUUGUCCUUUCAAGCAGAGAGGUCCAGCAUAUCCCAACUAGACAUUUCCUAUUUGGAAACUAUGUUACUUAAUGGGAAGUGUCCAAAUUACAUGAACACUUUAAAAAAUAUAUGUAUUGUAAUAAAAAGAAAGGAAGAGAAUUGCUAACUGAGCAUGUAUUUGUUUCUUUCAAGUCAUCUCUUAAGAAUUUUUGAACAUUUGAAACCCUUGCUUUUUUGUAAAAAACAUGGGCUAGCUUGCUAGUUUAAACAAAAAAAAAAAGAAUUAAAACUUAAUGUUGAUGUGUAUUUCUUAACAGAAAUGUUUGGUUAGUGCUAGACUGUCAAGAUGUAACUUUCACUGAGUGGUAGCAUCAUAAGGAUGGUGAAGAACUAGUGUAAACUAAUGAUUUCAACCAACAGUGACUGAAAAGAUGGUGUUCAUGUUACAGAGCCUAUAUUAGGAAUUUUUGAAAUUGAUAAAAAUGUACUCUUUUUAUCAAUAAUUGAAAACAUUGAUUUGCGGUGGCAAGAUUAUUGAUAUUAGUAUCGAAUUCACACUUCCCAAUGGGAAUUUUCUUUUAUUUAACCUCUUUGUUUACUAGGUGUACUUUGUUUUGCAAAAUCCUGUGCGGUAGGAUGGUGUAGAUUUUACAUUUGAUAUUUUCUGCAUAUGGUCAUUUGCAUUUGCUUGUAAUUAACAGAUAACAUUUUGAAAUUCAAGUUUUGGGGUCUUGCAGCAUGACAUAGUUACUGUCAUCUGUAAUUAUUUUUUUAUUUUUUUUUUUUCAUCAUACUGCAUCUUAGUCCAUCUGUUUAUAGAUGUGAAGCAUAUUCUCAAGAAUGAUUCCACUAUGAUAUAACAGUUGCCUACACUGUUCACUGCAGACACACCUCAGAAUGUAAUGCAUAGCUUGACUUCCAUAUGUUCUUUGUCAUGACUAACAAGGGCUCGAGAGUCUUUAGAAUUUGGAUUAAGUAUUAUUUGCAAUAUUUUUAAGCCAUUAAUGUUUGCAGUCUUUACUGUUUAGAAGUAGCAGCUAUUCAGAAACUGCUACCACAGAAUGAAUAUAUAUCAAUAUUUGCAUGUAUAGAUUAGUUUUAGUUUUGAAAAUGUUACAGGUAAUCCACUUUGCCUCAAUUAAAAGGAUCUGUGGUUUCACCACAGACUAGCAAAAGAUUCAUAUCAUCAAGGUUGCUUUUUUAAUCUUGACUUUGUCACUGAAGGCAACAUUUGUAAUCAAAUAAUUUUGUGGAUAUUUCUGGAGAUGUUUUCAGCAUAGAGAAAUCCUCCACAAGUAUUCAAAGACAUUUUAUUUUAUUUCAUCUAAGGUAUAUCAACUGGUUGCCAAUCAGAAAGUAUAUCUUACCAAUGUUCUUCUUGUCCAACAAAGGCAAAUCAGCAAGGAGGUGUUCUUAACUAUAGCUUUUCUGUCAAUGUUAACAAUGUAUGUAUAUAUUCAGUUUGUAAUUUGUCUGUCAUAGGGAGCAGAGGACUCACUUUGCUGAAUAGUGGUAAAGCUAAUUCAUACUUUGGGAUCAGCUGUUAUGAGCAGUGUUAAAUACACCUCUUAUCCAUCAUACUUUUAAAUGAGGAAAAGGUAAAAUUACAGUGCUUUAAAGAAAUAAAUGCAUGAAGAGAAAAAAAAAGUGAUUUACCUUGGAUUGGACAAAGAAUGUUGAAAGUGGUCUAUGAUUAAACACUUAGACUGGUAAUGUUAGUGACUCAAGAGUAGGUGGGUUUAGUAAAGUGGGCUAAGUGUGUUACAUUUAAAAAAAGAGGUUCUUCUGUGGAAUGAAAUGGUAAUCAACUUUGGUUCUGUUUUUGCUGAGGAUGAGGUGGGUAGUGCGUUCCAAAGCUCAUAAUGGUUGGUCUCGUCACAUGGUGUGGUGAAGCCAGAGAUGCAGCCAGGUGUAGAACCCUGUUUGUAGUGGUUAGUGGCCGUUACAUGGUCUUAUAGAAGCUUUUUAUCUAUGUCCUUUUUGCAAAUGAUACAAUAUUAUAUCGUAAAGUGAAAGGUAGGAUUGUUAAUAUUUUGAUUUUCAAUGAAAGUAUGGUAUCCUUGAGGUAUUAUGUGUUACCUCUGUAUUGCAGUGUUACCUUUUCUGUGAAAUGGAAUUAUCUAUUGGGCUUUGUAUUAGCCUGAAGAAAAUGUUAGAACUCCUUAUAGGAAUACAAUGACAUUUUGGUCAAAUUUUUGUGCACAUUAAAUACCUCCUAAUCCAAACUUUCAUCACAGUAACACAGUAAAGCUUGUUAAGAAUAAAAAUACAAAAAAACAAGAAAAUGACACAAAAAAUAACAUACAAUCUAGGUGUGUUUAACAUAUCUUGGUUGUGUUUAGUGCUGACGGUGCUGCAUUUGACACAGCCUGUAAUAAAACAGAUGCAGAAUACAGGUGAAGGAGGUUUUCAGAUGUGUUUCCUGGUAGCAACUCUGGUCUGGUGGAUAGGGUCUCACAGUGAGAAGUUUGGGGACCUUUCUGUGUUGUCUGUGUCGCAGCAACAAACAGACAGAAAGAAACAUGUGCCUCGUCCAAUUGGAAACUCUGAACUGAUUUAUAGUUUGUAGUAGUGUUUUUACAAAAAUAAUUAUUUUGAAAAAAAAUCUCUUAUUUUUUUUGUAGCUUAUGAGUUAAAAAUUUAUUUUUGUUAUUAAUAUUUUGCAGUAGCCAUUUUAGUUACUGAGAAACUGAACUUAUGAUUUAAGUAUAGUUUUUUUGAAGAAAAGAAAAAAAGGCAGAUUCUCCAUAUCAUUGUAUAAGGCCUAGAUUAGAAUUCAUAAAGUACUGUACAAACUAGAUAAAACUGUCUUGUUUGUUGAGGAGCCUGGCAUCAUGGAAAGGUCUCACGCAGAUGUUAGCAUGUUGCACAUGUAUUAUUACGAUUAUAUUAAUCAAUAUUAUGUCAUGUAAUUGCCUAUGAAAUAAAUCACUCAUGUCAAUUUA